UGCAGAAAUUCAUCGCAUGUCAAGGACCUACUCAGGAAAUAAUUUCUGAUUUUUGGCGGAUGAUUUGGCAACAGAAUAUUGAGAAAGUAGUUAUGCUUACAAAUCUCUUUGAAUUUGGAACGCUUAAGUGUCUUCAGUAUUGGCCAGAAGAUAUAAACGGUGAGUGCAAACACGGUGGUGUUCUUAUCAAGUAUGUCGGCAUCAAGGAAACAUUCGACUACAAUAUCAGAUCACUUGAAAUCACCAAGGAUGGCGAGACCAGGCGCCUCAACCAGUUCCAUUUCAAGUCCUGGCCUGAUAACGAUGUUCCAGAAACAACCUGGAGUCUAGUGGAUUUUUGGAGAGCUGUUGCUAAGUGCGACGAUACGAGCACAUCCCCCAUUCUUGUACAUUGCAGUUCUGGUGUUGGCCGCAGUGGAACUUUUAUCGCUCUGGACAACUUGAUUGCACAAGCAAAGAUUGAAAACUGCGUCAGACCUCUCCACGUGGUUGAGGCUUUAAGGCAACAAAGAGUUAACAUGGUUCAAACAAAGGAACAGUACAAAUACCUGCAUGAAGCUUUGGCAGAAGCCCUUCUAAUUGGUACACAUCACUGGGUAACGAGGCAGUUUGAAAGUAUCUACAACCUUAUGAUCGGAAAAGACAUUGAGUCGUCGAAGACACGAAUUGAGCAGCAGUUCGAAUUGAUAACCAAAAGUGCAUAUUACGCUAGGGGACAGAACGCAGCAAUAGCAACUGGACUAGAAAACGACCAUAUUGGAACUCAAAACGAAGCCAUGAUUAUGAAGGCGACGGAAUCCAAGCCGCAGUGUAUUGUCUUAUCAGCACUUGGAGAGAGCAGAGCGUUUAUAGCAUUGACUUCCUUACAUGAUGACACUGCAGAAAAUUUGUGGUCUCUUGUUGGGAAGCAGGCAUGUAAAACAAUGAUCGAGUUUUCAAAUCGUUCGGAAGGAUUGCAUAAGGCGGACACUUACCUUGGCCAGAAAAAGGGUGGGCGUGUCGGAAGAUAUUACGUCACCUUAACCGAGGAAAGCAACGAUCGCGGCUUUGAGGAGAGAACAUAUUCCUAUAAAGAAGACACAAAAGGUAGCAGUCUAAAGACUUUUAAACAGUUCUACAUGCCUGGUAUGAAUAAAGACCCGGACAGACAGUGCAUGCUUGAUCUAAUAGAGGCGAUAUUGACAUGGCAAAGUCAACUCUCGACCGACACACCGAUAUUGAUUAAAGAUGGUUCGAACUUUCACCGAAGCGGCCUUGUUAUGGUAUUAAUGAGCGAGAUAUGUCGCAUUGUGAAGCACGACGGACAAAUAAACCUUGUUGAAACAGUUGUAUCAAUGAAACGCCAAGAGAAACAUAUUAUCCAUAGCGCUGCUCAGCUUAGGAUCUGCUACGACGCAAUAUUGGCCUACGUUCAGAAACCAGGAAUCUAUCAAAAUUUGUGUUUAAGUACGGAAUAAACACGACGUGUUUGCAUACUUUUUGAUAAACACGCUAAGAUAUUGUUGUCUGUUUAUGAUGACUAUGACGUGCAUGAAGUGUUAAGUUAUAACUUGGAUGUGAGUUCAUUGUUUUGUAUAUUUUAAAACACAACAAUACAUAAUGAAAACAUAAAUGUCUUAUUUAAUAAAACCGGAUGAAAUAUUGACACAUAUGAUGUUGAUAAUUCCCCAUAGAGCCCAAUGUUAUGAACAUUAGAUUGUUUAUUGUUUUGAUUACUUUUAGAGCUGGUCAUCAGUUUGUAAUGUAAUGCAUACUAAAAAAUAUAUGAUAAAGUAAGCUGAACUAAAUACAACAUAAUAAAACCGGCACUUUGGACUGCUAUUAAGUAAAUUAAGCAGUUUUCUGCCAUCGUUUUAAGUUUUAUGUUUUGAUAGUUGUUAACAAUUAAAUGUACCAACAAAGUUCUCUACAGUUACCGUAUCUUCAUUUAGUACAUACAUGAACAGUAUUAUAUAUUCUGUGUAUUUAUAUUCAUCGUAGAAUUAUGUUUAAAUAACAUAUUUUGCAACGUGUCACCGUAAUUCAUGACGCUGUAAGAAGCGCGUCUCAUUUAUUUCUUUGCCUUACUUUUUUAUUCAUUGAUGUCGACCCUUUCUUCUAUUGUGUUAUUAUAUGUAAUUCAAGGGCGUUGUUUCAUCAAAUUAUUAAGAUUCAUAAUAAUAAUAAUAAAGCCAAAAAAAAGGUAUGAUAGAAAAACAUUUAUUUUUAUCUAAGAAGCAUAACACAAUUUUCAAUAUUUGGAAUGUGGAUUUGAUAUAAACAAAGCAAUAUUUAAUAAAUUGAUCGAUCACUUUGUUUUGGAAAAUGUUUAUUGUUGUUAUGUGAAUGUUUAUUACAACGUCUGAUUUGCGUGUAG